CCCCGCCCCCUGGCUACGCCCCUGGUUAUGGCACACCCCCGUAAUCUACACCCACGGCAUUCUAUGUGUGGGGUAGACUUAUAUAAAGCUUAAAUCAAGCUUAAUCCUAUGCUUAAACUAGUUUCAAAUGACUUCAAAACCAUCACAUUUCCCAUUAGAUAUUAGCAAGUUGAAGUUUGUUUUACAAGUCUUGAGGCAUUACAAGUUUCCUGAUGCAAGAUGGUUUGACUUUGGACUGAAUUUAGAUAUACCUUAUCACACACUGAAAGCUAUUGAGUCAGCUAAUAAAGGAGAUCUUUCAAAUUGCCUGAGGGAGUGUUUAGCCAAGUGGUUGACUGAAGGCUCUGAUCAUACUCUUGUAUGGCAGACACUGGCUAAUGCACUCCGUGGAAUGAAUGCAUUAUUUGCCUCUAAUAAUAUUCGUAAAACAAUGGCAGAUCCUGUUAGUGAGAUAUUGCAGUGUUAUAUUGGUAGACUAGCUCAAGUUGUUCUUACUGAGGAAUCAGUUGAUCUCUUACAUACAGAGGGAUUGAUAUCUAAGGAUACAUUAACAGAAGUGAAGAGUUGCGGUUAUUCAUUGGUAGGACAUCCAAUGUUACUAAUAUUAAGUGCUGUAGCUGAAGAUCAUAGCAAGUUAUGUAUUCUGGCAAGCAUUCUAAUGAAAUCAAAGGAAGUAGUGUCUUUAGCUAGUGAUAUAAUAAUGGAAUAUGAAAAGUCAUUUCCUUCAGCAGUAACAGUGAUGCCAUCUUGUCAACAUGCAAGAUCUCAACAAUUACAAAGUAGCAGCAGUGAGACUGAAGUAAUUACCAAUACUGAUGCUACUGCACAAGGAGUAGUAGAGGUCAUGGUUCAUCCUGACUAUGAAGCUGAGUUUGAUAGAAUGAAUGAUAUGCUUGGUACACUUAUUCACAAUAUUGUUCCUCUCAUUAAAGCAGCCAUACCUUUUCUCGAUGAUUUAAAGACAUAUGUCAGACGAUGUCGCUCUCGUUUAGAAAAUCAAUUGGACCAAGCAGAAACAUUUGAUGCUGUCAUUCGAGUGAUUGAAAAAGAGUGUUCCAUUCUCAAUGUUUCAGUUUUGGAGGCUGUAGUGAAUAAUUACUCAAUACAAGAUGCUGGAGACAUGAUAUUAGCUUAUCAGACACACUUGGAUGAAUUCUGUGAGAAAAAAUUAACAAUGUUUUGUGAUCGUCAGCUUAAGAGAUUAUCCUCUUCUCUCCUCACUUGUGAGACAAUCAAGUUUGUUCUGGAAUGGAAUCCAAGUGAGCAUUCUUUCUCCAAUAUCAAAGCCCUCCUAUGGAAAGCGUUCAAGGAUAAUCAAGUGGAGGUGGUAGUGAUCAAGGAAGGGAACUCCAUCAUUGUUACUUGUUAUGCUCCUCAUUAUCUGAUGGAGAGUUUACUAGUGACAGCUAAAGAUAACGUUGAUAUGCUAAAGGAGAUGGGAUUGAUUAGUUUAACUAUUGGUUACUAUAAUGUGUAUGAUGAACAUGCAAUUGAUGAGGAGGUGAAGAGUCUAAUGAAGAAACUGGAGAUGGUAGAGAGUGAAAGAGAUGAUUUACUUGAAGAGAAUGCUAAAUUGAAGAGUGCAAAAGACACAUUAGAUAUCUCAUAUCAAGGUAGAGAAGUUGAUGAGAGUAAUAAGUCAUCAGUACAAUCAUCAGGUAUAAUGGCAUUCUUGUUUUGUGACAUGAUCAUGAGGGCAUGUAGCGCCCAAGUGGGAGGUGCCUGUAAAUCAGAUACAGCCCGAGUAGACAUGAUAUAUCUAUUACUUAUAGAAAUCUUGUAUUAA